GCCACAUCAGAGAGAAACAACGUUGACAAAGAGCAGCAAGAAGGACGAGGAACAAAGACGACAAAGGCCAGCAGCGAGAGCAACGGCCAGGAAAACUUCGAGAAGAAGGACAAGAACAGACGGUGAUCCAGUUGUGUGGAGACGUGGAGCAGGAUGGCGGUGGCGCUGCAGGUCGUGGGUCUGGUUCUGGGUGUGGCGGCCUGGUGUGUGCAGUCAAGCUGUAUGUCAUCACAGCUGUGGAAGGUGAGGAGUCAGAUUGAGUCACUCAGCAGCAGCCAGUGGCAGUUUGAAGGUCUUUGGAUGAGCUGCGCUGCAACGUCGCUUGGGUCAGUUCAGUGCAGUCGCUUCAAGACGGUGUUAGGGUUGCCAGUUCACCUGCAGACCUGCAGGGCACUGAUGAUCCUUUCACUGCUGCUCAGUCUCGCCGCCAUCAUUGUGUCUGUGCUCGGACUCAAGUGCACCAAGAUCGGCAGAAUGUCAGAGCGUGUGAAGGAGCAGGUUGCUCUGAGCGGAGGAGUCCUCUUCAUCCUGUCUGGCCUCUUCACUUUGAUCGCUGUGUCAUGGUACGCCGCCAGGGUCAUCAACGACUUCUAUGACCCACUGUACGGAGGAGUCAGGUUUGAGCUGGGUACUGGUCUGUAUCUGGGCUGGGUGUCCGCCUCUCUCGCCUUACUCGGCGGAUCAAUGCUCUGCUGUUCUUGCAAGAAGACACAGCCCACACCUGUCACACGACAGUUCUCCUACAGCUACUCGAACUCGAGCCGUGGACCAAGCAUCUACAGAGCAGCUCUGCCAUUAGACAACAGCAGCUCCAAAGCCUACGUCUGAACCAUGAACCUGUAAAACAGUCAUACACAUGUUUUUCAUGAUGACGUUUUAUUAUGAAGGGCUCUGUGGUCAUUUUGUAUCGUUAGUGUUUAAGCACCUGAUUCUGUUGUAAAUAAAAAAGUUUCCUCUCAUAA